AUGUCAGAAAAUUCGAAGAGUUUCCAAAACUGUACUGAGGCAGAUGUCCCAGGUUAUAACGAUUGUCCUACUUUCUUAUUCCAAGUAUCUAACAAAAAAUCUUCCUCAUCUACCAGUCUAGCGAGCAGUAACACUACACUUUCGAGCACAGGUAAUGUUAUAACUAGCAAAGUAAGGGAUACAUCUGGUAAUACCAAAUCAGCUAUUUCGCCACCGCCACUAAUUUCAAAAAGAAAGGUUUCUAAUCAAAUUGAUCCAAAUAAGAAUAAUGAUGAGGAUAAAGCUAACAUAAUGACAAAAGAUGAAUUACUCUCUAAGAUAGAUGAAUUACUCUCCAAGGAAUCGAAACUUUCAGAAAAAGAAUUUACAUUUUACAAAAAUAAGGUGGACAAUAAUAUUGAGAGAAGUUUAGAUAAUGUAUCUACUGUGAACACUUUGUCGCAAUUUGUCAAUAUCAUUGAAAAUGAUAAAGUAUCAGCAAAAAAAUUGUUGACGCAAUGGAUGGUAUCUGAUACCUCCAUAGGAACAUGGUGCCCAGCAUUUAUAAAAAUUAUAGACAAUACUGUAUAG